AUGGCGAUGCUUGUUCUUCUCGUCCUGUUGGUCGUGGGUGCUUCGUCAGGUAAACUUAGCUACCAUUGCGGCAAUAACCAUCAGUUUUGUAAAAUUGCAGCAGGAGCGGAAAGAUUUGGCAUUAACUACGGACGAGUUGCUGAUGAUCUUCCAUCUCCACUCCAGGUCGCAGCGCUAGCAAAACGGGAGAAUAUUACACACAUAAAGAUUUUCGAUGCCGAUCCUGUUGUUCUUCAAGCAUUCAGGGGCACAGAUGUUGGCGUUGUCGUCACAGUACCCAACGACGAAAUACCUGCGGUAGCUGCAAACCUGCCUGGCGCACGGUUCUGGUUUGAUGCAUAUGCUUCGCCCUUUAUUGCGGAGAUCACAACCAUUUUAGUGGGCAACGAGGUCCUUAAAUUCAGCCCACAUAUGUCGACAAUCCUCGUUCCGGCGAUGCAGAAUCUCUACCAGAUUUUGAGAGCCCACGAUCUGGCAGAUAAGAUCAAGGUCUCGACGCCGCAUGCCAUGGACGUUCUUGAAAAGAACUCGUCCUCUCCGCCAUCAAAUGGAAUGUUCCGCCAGCAACACGUCAGCACAAUGCAAAAUCUUCUAGAAUUUCUGUCCAUCAGCCGCUCGUUCUUUGUGCUCAAUGUUUAUCCUUACUUCGCCUUUAGGGAGGACAAGGGCGCCACACUCUCUGCCGAAUUCGCUCUGCUCCAGUCCCCUAAAAACUCAGUCACGGAUCCGAACACCAGCUUUCGGUACAGCAAUCUGCUAGAUGCUCAGCUAGAUGCAGUGUAUGCCGCCAUAGAGAAACUGGGAUACAUGAAUCUACAGAUUGUGAUUGGGGAAACGGGAUGGCCAACGGCUGGGGGCUUCGGAGCAACAAUGCAGAAUGCAGCCAUUUUUACGAGGAACAUAAUAUGCCGUACCCAGGACGUAGAAGGGACACCAGCAAGGCCGGCUUAUACCAUUCAGGCUUUUGUGUUUUCAAUGUUCAACGAGGAUCUGAAGCACAACCUCAUGGAACAGAACUUUGGUUUGUUUUAUCCAAACAUGACAAACGUGUAUCCUUUUAAAUUUUCGUCCGACUGUAAAUGA